AUGGCCACAGGCUUGAACGAGCAGCAACAACAGGCAGUGCUCGCGCCCUGCCAUGGACAGCUCCAGAUCAUCGCAGGUCCUGGGACAGGCAAGACCAAGGUGCUUGUUGCACGCGUGGCUCAUCUCUUGCUUCACCACCAGAUCCCUCCCCAGAACAUGAUCGUGACCACGUUUACCAAGAAGGCUGCCACCGAGAUGACAGAACGGUUGGAACAGCUACUCCACGGUACCGGCAUUGAAAUCGACAAGUUGCUCAUCGGAACGUUCCACAGCAUCUGUUAUCGCAUCAUCAAGAUCUACGGCAACAAGCUCGGAUUGAACGACUAUACCAUCGCUGACGAGCGCGACAGUCUCCAUAUCAUGCGAGACGUGCUUGAUGCGCUUACAGGCGAAGAGACAGCGUAUUUGGCGGGCCUAGGUGACGAGUGCAGCGGGUUCAAAGGUGACUCCGAAGCCAAACACAACGGCUACGACCCCAAGAAGCUCCGAAAACAGGUCUCCAGGCUCAAGGCGGGUGGUGUGAGUGCGCUGGACUACUCACAUGCCGUGUCGUGCAACAAGGCGCUCUCGUUCAUCUACACCAAGUACCAGGCCAAAUUGUCGGUGGAAAAGCUUUUGGACUUCGACGAUUGUCUCUUACACUGUCACCAGCUCGUAUCCAAGCACCCAGUACUCAAUUUCGUACGGCACACCUUGGUGGACGAAUUUCAAGACACCAACGAGAUCCAGUUGCGGCUCAUGUACCAGUUUGCACGAGGCCAUCCCACCGACACCAGUUUGCAGAACAACGUGACGAUUGUGGGAGACCCCGACCAGAGUAUUUACGCGUUUCGGGACGCCCAGUCGGUCAACUUCGCCAAGAUGAAGCAACGAUACCCCAAGUGUGCUGUGAUCACCUUGAGCCAGAACUACCGUUCCACCUCCGACAUCCUCGAUUUCUCGGAGUCCAUCAUGCGCCAGCAGAACGACAGAACCGUCAAGAGCUUGCAGUCCCAGCACAGCUCGUCCUACAGGCCUGUGUACGCCAAUUUGGGGUCGCCAGAGGACGAGGCUCGUUGGAUCGCCUACCAGAUCGAGCACUUGCUCUCGUUGCCCGAGACUCCCGUAAAGUAUAGCGAUGUGGCCAUCUUAGUAAGAACAGCCUACCAGACUCGAGUGUUGGAGAACGAGUUUGUGCGCAAACGGAUCCCAUACGUGAUGGUCAAGGGAAAGGCGUUUUGGGAACGAAAAGAGGUGUUGGCGAUCAUGGACUACCUCCGUGUGGUGGCACACGACAAUGACCGACUAGCAGUUCUCAGGACCCUAAAUCUUCCCAAGCGUGGCAUCGGUGAAAAGACGUUGGCCACGAUUGACCACCGGCUCGAGCUUGCGCAAAUGGCUAACCAGCUGGUGAUGCAGGCAUUGGCCAGACUAGUUGAGGACUGCGGGACAAAACUCACCUCCAAGAACAAGCAGGCGAUCUCCCAGUACGUGCAGUUUGUCAACGAGGCCAAGAGCAUGCUCGAGACUGGCUCCAAAGACCAGAAACUGGGGUGGUUGGCAGAGAUUUUUGCGUUCGUUUACUCUUCCAGUGGACUCCAGAAGGAGUACCUGACCGACGAGACAGCCGAGCUCAAUAUCAGCGAGGUAAAGGGCCAAUUCUGCGAGUUUUGUCCUCGAGACGAGAACCUCCCUCUUUUUAUCGGAGGAACCAACGACGACGUAUCACAGGACGGACGCAAUUUCGUGGCCAAAUUCAUCCAUUCGGUGGGGCUCUACGAGACAGACUCCACAACUGUGAACCACGAAGCCGAUAGGGGAAAGGUGUCAGUGUCAACCAUCCACGGGUCCAAAGGACUCGAGUGGCCAGUGGUCUUUGUGCCUGGGCUCUCGGAGAACUUGCUCCCAGCCAAGUUUGCCAUGGACUCGGGAGGUGAAGACGCUGUUAACGAGGAGAGGCGGUGCUUUUACGUGGCCACUACUAGAGCCAAAACCUUGCUCUAUCUCUCGUCGUACACCGAGAAAAACCCCAGUGGAAAUUGGGGCCGUCGUCCCAUCGUGGCCGUUUCUCGGUUCCUUAAGCUGGCCAGCAAUACGGGAAUGCUCAAUUCUAGUCAGCAGGCGUUUGCAACAUGGGACGAUUUGACCAAACUAUACCUGCUUUUGGGACGCCAAAGUCCUGCAACUAACAACUUUGACCUCCAGCACUUUGUUCAAUUAUACCACGCCAGGCAGCAGUCGUACGUCCGAGGGCAGGACCAUGAGGUGGGCAGCUACUUCCAGGCACGAGACAAGCCCACCAACACCAAUGGGCUUGGGUUUACCAGUGCCAAGGUAGAGAUGGAGAGAAAGAAGGUGAUUCCUGCGAAACGGGGGUUCAAGGCCCCAAGACUAGCUCCACGGGAAGGUGGAGUGGCCUUCCAAGCACGAGCUCCCGAAGGUAUAAAAGCCCCAAGAACCCACCAGAUACGAGCACCGAUAAAUAGGCCAACAGAUGGAAAGCCUCUAGUUGGCGAUAAAGGGAUCGAAAAUAGUCCAACGGCAGGAAGCAGGGCUCCGUUGGGCAACAAAGCACCCAUUGGGGCAAGCCGUUUUUUAAGCAGGCCGCUAGGCAACAGAGCACCGAUCGCAGCACAGGUCUCCAUGUCAACGCCCUCUAAUACCAACCGGGCGCCUCCGUACAUCCCCAACCGUCGCCCCCUCAAGAAAUCAUAG